GGAACGUGGCGGGCGUGAGGACCCAGAGGAAACUGCACUGUAGCCAUGUGGUAAACCUAUGUGGUAAACAUGGCGGACGUAAACAAGACCGAGUUACAGUUCUAUAGUGAAAUAUUAAGUCCAUCUGAACUGUUUGCAGCCCGGUCCAGGAGUCACAAGAUCCCUGUCAGAGGACCGAAGGACUUCUUUCCCGAUGACUCAGACGAGCAAAGACAGCGGCUUGAGCAGAGUCUGAGUGAGCACUGGAGCCUCAUAUCCGAGGAGAGAGUGGAGAAGCUAGGGAACCUAGUAAAGGCCACAUGGAUUCCAAGUGAGCAGAUUGUGGAGCUUCAGUCUCCAGCUGGGAAGUUUUGGCAGACGAUGGGAUUUUCUGCCAAAGGCAAGCAGUUCCUCCUCCCCGAAGAAGCUCUCUACCUGAUGGAGUGUGGAAACGUGCAGGUGUUUUACCGGGACCUGCCGCUGUCCAUCCAGGACGGCUACGAGAAGUUUCUGUCCUCGAGCACAGUGAGCCUCCAGCAGUAUCAGGUGUUCGGGCAUUUGAAGAGGCUUGGAUAUGUGGUGCACAGGUUCGACCCAAGUUCAGAGCCAUCGUCCUACGCGAGGCAACUAAACCUGCCUCAGUGUCGUGACCGAGCAGGAAGACAGCUGAAGAGGAAGCGCAGCGCCAGCCCUGCAUCCAGUAACGCUGAAGCACAAGAAGAAUCCACAGCUGACAGACGGGAGGAGGCUAAACGCGGCUACGAAGGUGAGGAGGAGGAAAAACUUCCUGAGUCACACCUGACGAUGUCUCCAGAGACUUCAAGCACCCAGACGGCCACUGCUAGUUCAGCACACAAAGGCGGGGGCAGGACCUGGUGGAUGACGGAUGUUCUCAGGGACCAAUCAGAUCAGCGGCCUGCCUCUAGGACCUCACGCUGGGACUUCAGCUCCAUCGCUUUCCCAGACCUGGGAUCCACGAGGUGCCUCUCCAGCUGCCUUGCCUCCCCAGACCCCUCUCUGCUCCCUGGGUCUUUGACUGUGGGAGUCUGUGACAUUGCCCCCUGGACCCGAAAAAUAAACCUGAGGAAGGUGAAGAUGUCCUCAAGGGAGCAGAAGAGGGAAAAAGACAAGCAGAGGCGGCAGUGGGACGUCAACAAAAACAGAGAGGUUCAGCGGUGCAGACACUGGGCAGAGUACAAGGAGGUCCUGGCGAGGCGCCAGGGGAAGCGUAAAGGCCGACCAGAACACCUGUGGGACAGGGAAGUCACUCCGUUACAUGACCCAACACAACCAAUCCCCACUGCGGAGCUGCUCGAUAAAAUCAGUGUGAUUAAAUCCACGCAUCUGCUUGAGGGGGCAUCCAGGUUAAAAGGCUCAGAUGACUGGAGGAUUUGUUUCAAUGUUUACCAACCCGAUUCAGCGGCGGACUUCAAGAAGAGCAACCCGGGGAAACCUUACUCCCGGAUGUGUGUGUGCAGUUUCGAUGGCCCUGUCCCGGACCUGCGAGCCAUCAAGCUGCUGAGCUUCCAGAGUGGAGACAUCCCAGUGGUCUUUGCUGUCGUGGACUACGGAGACAUCUCCUUCUACACCUUCAAAGACUUCCAGCUGCCCACUGAUGUGUACCCCUGAGACCUGUAAAACAUGUCCAACCCUGAACACAUCCAGGACUUUUAUAAUUAUCUGCAUCUGUUUGCAAAAAUAUAACUAAUCAUUGAUGUUACAGAAAAGAAAUCCUGAAAAUGAUAUUUUGUGUGAUUUGCAAUGUAAAGGGAGUAUAAUUGUCAAAGCUUUAAUCACUCGGUCGGAUCUGCGCCGAUAUUACCUCUAAGCAGAUCUCAAACUGGACCUAUUUUAAUUCUACCCGUUCUUUAUCAGUUUUCAGGCUUUGUGUACACUCCUGACAGUGCUGUCAGAGAGAAGAGGGAUUUCCCUAUGCAUUUCUGGGACCAACAGACCAUCACUGUGACUUAUGUGAACUGUUAGGUUGUUUAUUUUCUGCAACAGCAACACAAAGAUAGAUGGAGUUCUUUAUUCCCUAGUGGGAAAUAAAUGUUUGCUACAACAUUC